CCCGCCUUCUCGUCUAGUACGGAAUCGCCCUUCUCAGAAAGCUCCGUUUUGUCCUAGAGUUCGUGAUCGAAAUAAUCUUUAUAAGUGAUGAAGUGCGGUGCUUGUUUGUAGGGAAUGCAGUAGUAUAUAUUUUUUAUCGCAUUAUGCUACGUUGAAUACUUGUGGGCAGUAAAACAGUGUACAUCUUGUACCUUUUAUGUAACUGAUUUACUACUAUCGGCUUCAGGCAUCCAAGAUGACGUUAUCUAGUGGACUUCUUAUGUUGUCCUGGCCUAUUGCGGCGUUUCUGGUUAUUUCUUGUGUUUCGGAAGCAUCUGCAAAUGAAGAUUGUUUGUGGUAUACUGACAGAAAUGGAACGAUGCAUCCUGGAUUUGACUGUCCAUUUUACAUGUUUUGCUGUGGGGACUGCCAUCGACGGCGGUGCUGUACAGACCCUUUGAAACUGAUUACUGAAAGAGAACAAAAGCAAUGUAUGGUGUAUCAUUUUGGCCCUAAGGCCAUUGCUGGUAUUGCUUCUGCCAUUCUGCUGUUCCUCGCCAUUAUUGCUACUGUCAUCUGUUGUUUCAUGUGCUCCUGCUGUUACCUUUACCAGCGAAGACAGCAGAGCAGGAUUCCUUUAGAGGGGCAGACUGUACAGAUGGCUAACUAUCCAGUUCAGCCAAAACCUACAACUUCACCUUUUUAUCCGGAAAAUCAAGGAUACGCUGGAGUACCAACUUACCCAGUGAAUGCACCCUCAAAUCCUCCAUAUCCACAGCAGAACUUGCCAUAUCCCCAGCAGAACUUGCCAUAUCCCCAACAGCAUCCAGCAUACCCAGCACAGAAUCCGGCAUAUCCAGCAGUUUACAACCCAACAGCUCCUCCGCCUUAUGCUCCAUGACUUUGAUUACUGCCGACCCGUCUUCUGCCAGACUGGAACUGUUGAAGUGAUGUUUUUGCUUAAUUCAUUUUCUUUUACAGGUGGCUUUUACUUCUGUGAAAAUUAUCAUCCAGAGGACAUGACUGUAGUUAGUGUUUUGCAUAUAUAAAUGCAUGCUAAUAGACUUCACUUUUGGCUACCUCAUGCAGUUUUGAGAUGUACUAAAGCUGAAAAGUAUUUUUUUUUUCUUAAUCAUUUGAACCACUUUGCAUUUAUGGUGUAGAGGUUUGUUUUGCCAUUAGUUCAGCUGUGUAAAUCUGUUUGGACAUAACUUACACUUGCAGUGGCCAUGCCAGGAUUGGCAGAAAUCUGAUGUCCGUCAUUUCACCUUUUCAUGCCUAGUGUACAUUGCUGUUUUUGAAGGCAGUGUUCUGCUCUUGCACUGGACAGAUGGGCAUUCCAUGGUGUACAAGACAUCAUUGCAGUUACUGAGGAUUUGAACUGAACUGAGCAAUAUGGCUUUCAGUAGGGUUGAAGUUGUGAAGAUCCUUGUUUGCCUGAGGGCAACAUCAAACAGAGUGGACAUUGGAGGAUACUGAAGGAUGCCAUGUUUGUUGUCCAAAACAUCUGUCUUUGUAUCUGCAAGUAGUCAUUUCAGCCUGGAAGAACAUGAUAAUGCAUACUUCUUGUAUGACUGAAGUAAAUGCUCUGAUGUAUGCCUGUAUGUCAGCAGUGCAUAUUUUUUUCAUCUCAUCAUAAUCGAGUGCAGUACUGCAAGGCUCAUACAGACACAGUUUCUGAUACUUGAUGUUGCUUAUGCCGCGUUAGAGCUAAUACUUUUUUUAACAUUGAUAUGUCUGUUGGGUGGUGAACUAAGGGUAUUUGCAUGUUCGCUUAUCCUAACAGAAUGAGGUUUCCUACAAAGCAUAUUGUAUAGUGGUAUUAACUUUAAACUUUUUUGAGGGGGAUUAAUAUAUGCCUAUUUAAAUAUAUAUGCCUUUCUGAUGUCUGCAUUUUGCAAACUACUGAUUGUGCUUGAACUAGCAUCAAGCUGUAAAUUUAAUGACAGAAGCCAGGAAAAACAGAACAGUUGGCAAGUCUUACAAACUGUCCCAAAUAUUCAGAUUUUACAUUCUUCGUUUAAGUUUGAGCUUUGACUGUCUAGUUGUCAGUAAAUGUGUAUAUAUGCAUACACGUGUGUGUGUUUUUCUGUACAUGUUUAAACAUAAAUUAUUUCCCCAAAGUUGCCACUGUUCCCUUUGUGUAAUAGACCUCGGCUUCUGCAUCUUGAUGCAAGUUACAAAAUCCCAUUUGAGCUCUUGUAAAUGUCAGUUUGUUUCAUUGUCAGAUUUUAACUUGGUGAUAUGUAUUAACAGCACUCUUAAAUUGAAGAUUUUAAUUGAAUCUGCAGAGAUGCUUCCCUUGAAAGAGCACUUACUUUGUUCAUUUAAAUUAUUUACCUGGAGCAUGAAAUUUCAGUAUACAUUAACUUUUUAUUUUAAAUCAGUAAACAAACACAAGGACAUACCUUCUAGUAGUUCCUGUUUUUAGAAGCAGAACCGUUUAUGUUCAGGACAUUUAUUGUGGCUCAAGUAGUACUGGAAUAAAUUGAUAGUAUGAGGCAGUUAA